UUCCCAGAGUGCUUCCACUAAACCAGCAGCUGCCACCUUGUCUGCGGCAUCCGGAGAUCUUGAUCUAUUCACUGAGCAGACAACAAAAUCUGAAGAAUCGGCAAAGAAACAACUCUCCAAAGACUCCAUCUUAUCACUGUAUGGCACAGGAACCAUGCAGCAGCAAAAUGCUCCGGGUAUGUUCAUGGGAUCAUCCUCUAUGCCAUUUACCACACAACCAUCAACUCAUUUUCAAGGCUUUCCAGCCAUGGGAGUUCCUGUGCCUGCAGCAACCGGGAUGAUGGGAAACAUGAUGGGACAAUCGGUACCAGUUAUGGGACAGAGCACAGGUGUGAUGGUAGGAAUGGGAAUGCCCAAUGGAUUUACUGGUACUACACAAACUGGUGUGAUGGGACUUCCUCAGAAUGUCGUUGGACCUCAAGGUGGAAUGGUGGGACAGAUGGUCACGCCACCAAAUAAGUAUGGAUUGCAACAAAACCAACAAGCUCAAUGGAACCUCUCUCAGAUGAAUCAGCAAAUGGCGGGAAUGAAUCUCGGCAGCUCCAGCAACGCGAUGGGCUUUGGCCAGGCCCCCAGCACAGCGGCAGGGUGGGCUGGAACCUCCUCUGGUCAGACUCUCAGCACACAACUGUGGAAAUGAAAGCUGCAAUAGAAGUCUCUCCCAGACAGCCACCUAACAUUCCUUGUUCAAAUGCAUUUCCUUUCGCUGUUCCUUCCAUGUACAUAUUCUUUUUCUUUUUCCCCAGCUGUUCAGAUUAAGAAUAUAACUGACUGACCGUGUUGUGGUCUAUAUUGAUUUCAAUUUGAUGUAGUGAAAAGCAGAUCAAGAAUACAUUUAUACAUCAUUGGCAGCGUUCUCAUACAAUGCAUAUGAUUUCACAGACCAUAUAUUUAAGAAGCUGCUUAACCACAUACUGAUUUUUUUUUCCCCCUCAAAAUUCUAGAUCAAAUGUUUGCAUAUAAGGGAUGUAGCUAUCAUGUUAGUAAUAUCCAAAAAAUAUGAACCCUGACCCCCCAAAUUACCCAGUAAUCCUGUAGAAGGUACUGUAUGAACAAAUGUUUAAUCAUAUAUAAAUAGAAUGUAAAUGUAUCACUGAGCAAUGUUUUCUAGUGUAUCAAACGAAUUUGGUUUCAUCAUACAUUUCACUGUGAUGUUAUUAUGGUGUGCAUAACAGGGAAUAUGGUUACUGAAAGAAAGAUAAACCUGGAUGUUACUGUAGUUCUACAAAUCAAUAGUUUAUUCCUUUAAAAAUGAGCAUUUGAUCCAUUUGAGUUUCCUGUGACAACGUAUCCAAUCUGGCUCAUGAGGCACGUGCACAGUAUUAACGCUGAGAGCUCGCUAGCAGCACAAGAUAUAUACAAGGUAGCUCGGUGUGAACAGAUUAUUAUUUCUUGCAGAGAUAUCCAGGUUUAUAACAGUGAUUGUGUUUACAUUUUAUGGUGCCUCGUAAUGAUAAAAUGUUAUUUCCCUAUAUUAAAAGGAUAAAUCCAU